AUGCAGCAGCUGAAAAGGAUAAAGACAAAUGCAGCAGUCGUCAAUGACUAUUGCGGGUACGUUCCUGAGACGAAUGGUCAGGUUGAAGAAGUACCGAUGGGGAAAUUAUUGGGCAAGGUGAACCAGACAAACUUUUUUGAAAAUUUCGUACUUCGCCGUAAACCUUUGAAAAUAAUAGAGGGUCCUGUUAACGGAGUGGCGUUAGAUAAAUUUAGUAGUGAUUCUAUAGUAGACUAUUUAGGAUAUGAUGGGAAAUUGCAAGUAGAGCGUAAGCAUGAAUCAGGUUAUGGAUUAGGUUACGAGAGGGAGAAGAUGAGUUUAGAAGAAUUAUUGGCGAAAUUCAACAGUGGUGAUUUGGAUUAUUAUUUGACGACCCAAUACAAGGACGAAGAAGAAGAAAAAGUAGAAGAAGAUGAGUGGGAAGAUGAAGGCGAAGAAAAUUCUGAAAAUGGGGGCAUUGAAAAUGACCCAGAUCAGGAUUCAAGUGAGGAAGAAGAACAAGAAAUUAAAAAUGUGGACUUUCCUGAUUCCGAUUUAGACUCAAUUGACCUUAACAAUUUGCAAGAUGACUAUGUGGACCUGGAUGAGGAAAGUUAUGUAAGCUCAAAGAAGAUAUCUGAUUUGCUUCAGCCUCCUCUCACGAACCUCUUCAAAAACCAAAAGCAUAAGUCUAAUUCUAACCCUAAUUUUCCAUUGAUUCCUGAUAUUUUGUCCUUCCUAAUUCCUCAACAAAUUAACCUUUGGAUAGGUGCAAAUGGAAAAAAGAAAAACUUGCUUCAAGCGGAAGGUGAUGCAGUCCCUCGUUAUCCGGACUUAAUGCCUGGAAAGCCUGAUUUUGGUUUAGGUAGAUUUGUGCCUCAAAACGGCCUUUCGUCAGGUUUGCAUCACGACCAUUCCGACAAUUUGUACAUUCUACUUCAGGGAUGGAAAAGGUUUACUUUAAUUGCCCCAUCUGAGGCCCAGCUGUUACGUACCGUGGGUGAGAUAUACAGAAUUUAUAAAACUGGAAUAAUAGAUUAUAAUCAUCCUGGUUGGAGUCAUGUGGCAGACGAUGGCUCAGUUAUAGAGAAGACGACAACUGAUGAGGAAGAAGCAAAAAAACCUAUAGGAAACCAUACGCCGCCUAGUUUCUCUCAAAUCCCCCCAGUAUUCUUGCAUUUGGAUGAAAUUGACGAUGACGAGAUGAGAGAAAAUUUAACUGCAAUUGCACAAGAUAGAUUUCCCGAGAUUUUAAAUCUUCCGAAGUUAGAGGUUUGGCUAAGCCCGGGAGAAAUGCUUUACUUACCAGCGGGGUGGUUUCAUGAAGUAACUUCAUAUGGAUUUGACCCUAGAGGUACAACUGAAAGUACGUCAAGUGAAGUACAUAUUGCAUUAAAUUACUGGUUCGCCCCUCCUAAUGGUGAAACAAUUGAUAAGCCUUACCGGGAUGACUACUGGAAGGAAGACUUUGAAGAGUUAUUAGAAUUAAUUUAA